CUUGAAGAAAUCCGCAAAUGUGGAAUGAAAAACUUCCGUAAUAUCCAGGUUGAUGAAGCUAAUUUAUUGACCUGGCAAGGGCUUAUUGUUCCUGACAAUCCUCCAUAUGAUAAAGGAGCCUUCAGAAUCGAAAUCAACUUCCCAGCAGAAUAUCCAUUCAAACCUCCUAAGAUUACAUUUAAAACAAAGAUCUAUCACCCUAACAUCGAUGAAAAGGGGCAGGUGUGUCUGCCAGUAAUUAGUGCUGAAAACUGGAAGCCAGCAACUAAAACUGACCAAGUAAUCCAGUCCCUCAUAGCACUGGUGAAUGAUCCACAGCCCGAGCAUCCCCUUCGGGCUGACCUAGCUGAAGAAUACUCUAAGGACCGUAAAAAAUUCUGUAAGAACGCUGAAGAGUUUACAAAGAAAUAUGGUGAAAAGCGACCAGUGGACUAAAAUCUGACACAAUUGAUGUCAGCAACGUAUGAUAGAAGAUCGGAGCAGUGCAUUUGAGACACCCCGUAAAGCAGGACUCUAUGGAAAAUUGACAAGUGCCACCUUUCGGUGUUAACUUGUGGCUGUUACUAACUUUCUACAGUUUUCUUAAUCAAAAGUGGGCUAGGUAACCUGUAAAGAAAGGAUUAAAAAUUAAGAUGUUCUAGUUCUGCUUUCUUUGUUUAAAAAUCACUGCUUCAAUAUACUUUAAAGUAUGCUGUUUUCUUUUUCUUGUCAGAAUUUAUCAAAAAUAUCUUAGACUUAUAUUCUGCCCUUAAAUUGAAAAGGUUGUGGCUGUCAUUUCUUAUUUUUCCUUGCAGUUCCCACCAUCUUGAGUUCAUUUAAUUCUUCAUGGAAUUUUAUCCUCCUCCCCAAACUGAUGCUUAGAAAAAAUAUCCCAGUUCUGGCAGAAAACGAUUGAGUGUUUGGCAGUUUUGUUUACUUUUCUUUUUAAAUGUUGCACUGUGCUUUGUGGGACUUGUUCCAAGUUCCCCUUAACUUCAGUUUGUAACAUAAUAAACAAAAACAAACAAACCCCACAAAAACAAUCAGAAAUAAUGUUCAGGUCUGAUGUAAAUCUGGCUGAUGUUAACAAAAUGUUUAUUAAACGGGGAAACCCAAA